AUGGGUUAUGACGAUGAUCUAUGGGACAUAGUUACUAUUGGCUACAUACCUCCUGUAUCUGAUGCUGGUAUUGCUAUUGCUAGAAACAAGAUGACAGAUGAUCAGAAGCGAGCAGCAGGGGUGUAUGGAGCAAUUCAUGCCAAGACUAUUGCUCCUCAUCUAAAUGUCAUCAUUAUUGAGAAGGGAAAGCCUCUUUCCAAGGUGAAAAUUUCAGGAGGAGGCCGGUGCAACGUGACAAACGGGCAUUGUGCUGACAAUUUGAUUUUGGCAGAAAACUAUCCAAGAGGUCACAAAGAACUGAGAGGAUCUUUCUUUAACGCGCACGGUCCUGAGGAUACCAUGUCUUGGUUUUCCUCUCAUGGGGUGGAACUGAAGAUUGAGGAUGAUGGUAGAGCAUUUCUUGUCAGCAACAGCUCUUCUACGGUAAUUGAUUGUCUCAUGUCUGAAGUAAAUCAAAGGGGAGUUUCUAUGCAGACCAAAAAAAAUGUAACUGCAGUGUCUGUUUCAUCCGGUGGGAAAUUUCUUCUUGAGAUUAAGCAACUUCCAGCUGGUUCUACUGAACACGUCGAAGUUGAUUAUCUAUUGAUUGCUUCUGGAAGUAACCGACAGGGUUAUGAACUUGCAUCUCAGCUUGGCCAUUCGAUCGUAGAGCCAAUGCCGAGCUUGUUUACAUUCAAAAUUGAAGACUUGCGUUUGAGGGAGUUGUCUGGGGUUACAUUUCCAAAAGUUAAAGUGCGACUAAAAUUGGACAGUCUCCAAAAAAAUAUACCUCAACUUACACAGGUCGGUCCGAUGUUAGUUACCCACUGGGGACUCAGUGGACCGGCUAUUCUUCGUUUGUCUGCUUGGGGUGCUCGCUUUCUGUUUAGUUCAGGUUACAAAGGUAAAUGUACUCUCCUUGUGUUUGGAAGCUCUAAAACAAUUAUGGAAUUGAUACGAAUUCUUCCGUUGGAUGAAGGGAGACUUGUUGUGGAUUUUAUACCUGAUGUGCAUGUCGAGAGUUUAAAUACAAUUCUUUCCCGUCACAAGCUUCAAUUUGCGGGAGGAAGUAGUAUUGUACUUUGUUUUAUAGUUAGUUAUUCUACGAAUUACAUUACAAUCAAUGGGGAGGAAGUAGUGUUAUCUACGAACUUAGACUCAUGGACUCCUGAGCAACUUAAAUUGAUGAGCUUUGGCGGAAAUGGUAGGGCAAAUGUUUUCUUUAGACAGCAUGGUUGGAAUGGCGGUGGUAAGGUAGAGGCGAAGUAUACAUCCAGAGCUGCAGAGUUGUAUAAGCAGUUGCUUUCAAAAGAAGUUGCUAAAAGUAUGGCUGAGGAGGCUGCCUUGUCUCCAUCCCCUGCAGCUCCUUCUCAGGCUCCUCAAAAGUGCAAUUUAAUGUUUUUAACAAGAUACAUUCCUUGGAGAAAAAACACAGUGAAUGCAAUUUUGGGAGAGACUGCUAGCAUAUAA